CUGUUGCAGAGGGAGGCAGGCAUGCAUGCCAUGCCCCGCUCGCCUGCUCUCGUGCUUUAAUACAUCUGGUGGCCCGGGCAAUAAUUCCGAUCUUGUCUCACCGGCGACGCAACGCUACAAGGGAAGCGCCGGGCAUGAGUCCGCGAGAGAAUGAAAAAGCUAGAGAGAGAAAGUGAGCUUGCUUACAAAACCCCUCCCAUUAAUUCCAGCGUGAUUCCAUCUCCUUUGUCCUCCUCCUCCGCCUCCUCUCGCUCGCUCACAGCAGCAGCCGCCCUCCUCCCUCCCACCGCUUCCUUUUAAGCUCCCACCGAGCCGCCUUCUCCUCUCCGUCACCCUCCUUUCUCCUUCCCUCUCUCUCUCUCUGUCUCUCUCUCGCUUGGAUAAAUCACUCUCCUCCUCCUGCCCACCGCGUUACUGCUAGUGGCAAGCUAGCAAGCCUCUGUCGUCAGGGUCCGCGCGGCGUGUUCGUUCGGUGGUGUGAAGAAGCCGGGCGGCGGCGCGCGGCAUGAGGGCGGGCGGGAUGCUGUGCCGUUCGCAGGCGGCGACGGCGGUGUGCGUGCCGGGAGACGCGCGGUCCAUGGUCGUGGCCCGCCGCGCCGACCGCACCAUCGUGGCCGCCGGGGGCGGGGACGACGCCGCCGCUCGCGCCCUGCACGACGUCAGGUACGCGCGCCUCGGCGGCCACGACGAGCGCCGCCGCUCCACGUCCCGCCGGUUCGCGGCGCCCCCUCCUCCGCCGGUGGCUGUCUCCAGCGCCGCGUCGUGCAAGCCGCGCGUGGAGAUCAGGCGGCGCGCCACCGCCCGGGCGGCGGCGCCCGUGGCCGUGACGCUGCCCAUGGUGACCAAGAGCCCGUCCAAGGAGGCCCCCGCCAAGGACCUCGCGGCGGCCGCCAAGCGCGUGUCCAGCGCCGCCGCCGUCGCGGCGCCCGGCGACCAGGUCCUCCAGGUGGUGGUGAUGAAGGUGGCGAUCCACUGCCAGGGCUGCGCAGGGAAAGUCAGGAAGCACAUCUCCAAAAUGGAAGGUGUGACGUCGUUCAGCAUCGACCUGGAGAGCAAGAAGGUGACGGUGAUGGGCCACGUGUCGCCGGCCGGCGUCCUUGAGAGCAUCUCCAAGGUCAAGAAGGCCGAGCUCCUCGCCUGACUACUCCGAUAAUAAUGCUCGUCGUCGUCUCCGAUCCAUCAACCAAGCUGUUACCUCAGGUGAUCGAAGAAGAGCAAGAAAAGAGAGAGACGACAGAGAGGAGGGUUCUGGCCGGGGAGAGACAAGUAAAGGAGGCAUGCAUAAUGGUAUAUCGUUCGUGUGCAGGCAGGGGCAGCCGUGCAUGCAUGAGCGUGGUGGUGAACUAUACUGUGUCGUCGUCGUCGUCGUCGUCGUAGCACCUGCUGGGUGCAGCUAGGGUCGGAUCGGUCCGUGUGUGCAUGCUGCUGAUUGUUACUUUGUUUAUUACAGCGGGUUACAUAUAUUUCUCUCAUUAGCUUUUC